CUCGCUUUCCCGGCGGUCCGCGCUGGUGCCGUGCGGAGCUGAGUCGGGCCGGGUCGGGCAGUUUGGGUCUGUUGUCGCCGCCGCUGGUCCCCGACCGGGCCGGCGCCGUCAUGGGCUCUCUGCUGAGCCGGCGCAUCGCGGGCGUGGAGGACAUCGACAUCCAGGCCAACUCGGCCUAUCGCUACCCGCCUAAGUCCGGAAACUACUUUGCAAGUCACUUUUUCAUGGGAGGCGAGAAGUUUGACACCCCACAUCCUGAGGGUUACCUCUUUGGGGAGAACAUGGAUUUAAACUUCCUUGGGAAUAGACCAGUUCAGUUUCCUUAUGUAACCCCAGCACCACAUGAACCUGUGAAGACCCUGAGAAGUUUGGUGAACAUCCGCAAAGACUCGCUUCGUCUUGUGAGGUACAAAGAUGAUGUGGACAGUCCUCUGGAAGAGAAUGGGAAGCAGAAAGUCUUAUACAGCUUAGAAUUCACAUUUGAUGCUGAUGCCCGUGUUGCCAUCACAAUCUAUUGCCAGGCUACGGAGGAAUUCAUCAGUGGUAUGGCAGUAUACAGCACAAAGAAUCCUUCUCUGCAGUCUGAGACAGUUCAUUACAAGAGAGGGGUGAGCCAGCAAUUCUCCCUGCCUUCCUUCAAGAUCGAUUUCUCAGACUGGAAGGAUGAUGAGUUGAAUUUUGACUUGGAUCGUGGUGUGUUCCCUGUGGUUAUUCAAGCUGUUGUGGAUGAAGGGGAUGUGGUGGUGGAAGUUACUGGUCAUGCUCAUGUUCUCUUGGCUGCAUUUGAAAAGCACGUUGAUGGCAGUUUCUCUGUGAAGCCUUUGAAACAGAAACAAAUUGUGGAUCGGGUGAGCUACCUGCUUCAGGAGAUCUAUGGCAUCGAGAACAAAAACAACCAGGAGACCAAGCCUUCUGAUGAUGAGAACAGUGACAACAGCAAUGAGUGUGUUGUGUGCCUGUCUGACCUGCGAGACACCCUCAUCCUGCCUUGCAGGCACCUGUGCUUGUGUAAUUCCUGUGCUGACACCCUGCGCUACCAGGCCAACAACUGCCCUAUCUGCCGGCUGCCCUUCCGUGCCCUGCUGCAGAUCCGAGCUGUGAGGAAGAAGCCUGGGGCUUUAUCACCUGUCUCAUUCAGCCCUGUCCUCGCCCAAACCAUGGACCAUGAUGAACACUCUUGUCCCUUUAAAAAUCCCAAAGUGAACACUGUCACCCAGCCCAGCAAGAAACCUAAAAGAGAAACAAAUUCUGACAACAUCCCUCCUGGAUAUGAGCCCAUUUCCCUGCUGGAAGCUUUGAAUGGCCUCCGCUCCAUCUCACCAUCCAUUCCCUCAGCUCCUCUGUACGAUGAAAUCAACUACACCGGUGUGGUGGAUGGGCUGCCCCCGUCUGGCCGACCUCUUGUUGGGAUUGACAGAGCUGUGGAGAGUGGUCAUCAAAAGAACAAACGAAGCAAGUCUCCAGAUAGUACAUUAAGAUCUCCUUCAUCUCCAAUCCAUGAAGAAGAUGAGGAGAAGCUGUCAGAGGACUCCGACUCCCAGCCAGCACUGAGUGGUGCUGAGCUGGUUCUGAGAGAGGGCAGCUCUCCAGAAAGCAUGACAGCUGAAGAAAUUGAGGAGGCCUCAUCUCUGCAGCAAGGUAGCCACCCUCCCUCUGGUGAAGACGUUCUGCAGGAGAGCAGCUGCAGUGAGCACAGGAGCCUUACGCAGUCUGAGAGUGACCCUCCAGUAGACGUGUACCUGCCAGGAGGGCAGGGUACCUUGGCCUGCACAAACCAGCACCACAGAGACACCAGGGCUGACUGCCUCACAGGGGAUUCCUGUCACUGCUGGAUCACAGCCAGUUACUUUGAUGCAGUGGGAGAUCAGCCCCAAGCCUUCAUGGAUGAGCAGCAAGGUUCCAUUGCUCCUCCCUCCCGGAAUACGUGGAGCCUUCCUGCCUGCCGCAGCCCAGGAGCUGGAGGAUUCCAGGCCACAGUCUGGGCCAGAGGAGCUUGGGGGACUGAGGCCAUCACAGCCUGCAGGGUGAGGGAGCCCCUGCACUAGAGGCAGCCUAGUGUGGAUUGCAGCUGGGCCUCUGCAUUUCCCCAGUUUGUGUGCCAGUGCCGCAGCCUUGUUUGUGCCCUUGCACCCAUGAUGAUCAUGUUGCUCAGUGCCGUGGCCUUGCCGUGUGCCUUGUCCCUGCUUUCAGUGCUGUGGGGAGCUUCCCUGCACCUGGUGUUGGCCCAGCUGUGUUCUGGGGGUGCUGUGGGAGCAAGGGCAGCCUCAGGUCCCCCCUUGCCCAUAUCAGUCCUGUGGACAUGGCCACUGCUUGCUGCCUCUUCUGUGUCUCAGCACCCUCCUUCCCAGUGAGAUGGUGCCAAGGCUGCCCCUCUGAGCCAGAGCACAGAGCUGCCCAUCUCCACAGUGGCAGAGGGGCGCUGCAGGCUUCUGCCAGCCAGGAUCCUGUUAUUUCUAUAUUUAUAGUAAUAAAUCCAUGCAGCCA